CGAAACAAAACAAAAUCGUACCGUUAGAAUUUAGUUAUCGACGCUCAAUAUUAUUUUUCCCAUAACGCGCGGAUCGGUAAUUUAGACCAUCGAUUAAAUUGAAUCCAACGACGAAUAUCAAAACACAAAAUUCAUUUUCAUCCUCUGCUCUUCCUCCCGCUCGCUCCGAUACAUAUAUUCCGAUCCCCAUCGGUAUUUCUCACUUCAAUUCAAAUCCGAAUCUAAAUCCCAAUUUCUCGAUUUCCUUUUGCUUCUCAAAUUUUCUAGCGAAAAUGUCAGGCCGUGGAAAGGGUGGUAAGGGACUCGGAAAGGGAGGUGCAAAGAGGCACAGGAAGGUUCUCCGUGAUAACAUCCAAGGUAUCACAAAGCCAGCUAUUCGUAGAUUGGCGAGAAGAGGUGGUGUGAAGAGGAUCAGUGGUUUGAUCUACGAGGAAACCAGAGGAGUUCUCAAGAUCUUUUUGGAAAACGUGAUCCGUGAUGCUGUUACAUACACCGAGCAUGCCAGGAGGAAGACUGUCACCGCCAUGGAUGUUGUUUAUGCUCUCAAGAGACAAGGAAGAACCUUGUACGGAUUCGGAGGUUGAUGAAGAAGCAAUCCUUUGUUUAUUUUUUUAGCUUUAGGUUAAUUAGCUGGAGUGUGUGAUGUUAAUUCUCGAUGCUUGUGAAGAUGUUUUAGGUUAAUUGAGACGUGUAAAUGCUCAAUGAAAUCAAUACUUAAAUCACAUGGAUUGAAAUUGAAAUAUACCGAAAACGAGCGUUUUUUUGUUA